UUUAUUAGACAAUAAACGGUCAUAUCAAUCAAAAUAUGAAAUGUUUAACACUAUACUUUUGUGUUUUUUUAUAUCGUUUUCAGUUGCAUUACCUUCUGAUGGAGUUUUGAAGUUUUUGACAGCAAAAUGGGUCUUUAAUAAUAAUCCAAUAUUUCCUCCUAUGAAAUUUGUCUAUGCAGGCUAUGCUUUAAACAUAUCUUGUAAAACAAAUGAUCCUGAUGCUGAAGUUACUUUAUAUAGAAAAAAUGUAUCAACACCUACUCCAGCUAAAUAUCUUAAUGAUCGUCUUACAGUUGUUGACCAGAUAUUUUAUAUAAGUUCAGUGUUAGUUGAAGAUGGUGGAACUUUUAGCUGUGAAGCGAAUAAUGGUAUCAGUAAAAUUAAUCUUAUUUUGGGAGACUUGAAAGUUUCAAAAGAAACUCCACCACCUGAACCUGAAAUAUUUCCGAAGCCAAUAAGUAACACAAUAGAAAUAGAGUUUAGAAGUAACAAAAAUAUCACUUGCAAAUCUGCUGGUGCUAGAGGAGUAGACGAUUCAUAUUUAAAUUGGUAUAAAGAAGAUAUUAAUGGUAUUCAAUCACCUGUGGACAAAUCAAAAAUUGUUAGACUUGAAGAAAUAACUAAUAUUUACAUUGAUGUUGAAAUUUUGAUGUUUACAAAUUUUCAGUUUAGUGAUUUUGGAAAAUAUGUUUGCACCCGAAAAGAACCACAGAAAGCUCCAACAUCUAGUUUUGUUAAUGUUGUUCUAAAGCCUAGUACAGCUCCAACUGUUACCUUUCCACAAUUAAGUUCUACUUUAAUUGAUGUGGAUAAUGGUCGAAAUGGGUACCAAGUUCAAUGUGAAGUAAAUGGAUCACCAAAACCUAAAAUGCUGUGGAAAAAAAACAAUGAAGUGUUUCGAACUUGUGAUGAUAAUGAUGAUGAAAACAAAUUUUGCUACUUGUAUUUUCAGGAUAUUGCAUAUCCUCGCGAUGAAGGGGUAUACACAUGUAUUGCAGAAAAUGAAGUUGGUAAAGCAAAUAAGUCUAUUACAGUUCAAGUUCUUGUUCCUAUUGAAAUUAAAAAACCUUCACCUAUGUUUGUUGCAAGCUUCUAUGAUGAUAAAGAGAUUCAUUGCGACAUUGGGAAUGGGAAUCCUUUGCCAAUUAUUAAAUGGCAGUUCGCUAGAAACGACUGUAGCUCAGAAACAGAGUGCAUUAUCUUGGAUGAAGACUGGACAGAUUUAAUGGAGCAAACGCCAAAUAGUGAGACACCUACAAAUUUUAGUUACAUAAUUAGCAAAAAGUCAACAACAAACAUGAUAUAUAAAUGUAUAGCUACAAAUGGUCGUUCUGAAGAUACUUACCAGAUUGCAUUGAUGAGGAGUGAAAAUGUUAAGCCAGAGUUUUCUUUUGAUGUCACUAAUCCAGUGAAUGUAGGAGAUAGGUUGAACUUUACAUGUGAAGCAGUUUUAUAUGUCUACAUUUCAUUGACGAUGACCAAAGAUAAGAAAGUUCUUUCUACUAAGUUAAGUAAUAACUCUAGAGCUACUGUUCUAGAAUAUGAUAUUUUAUCAGCAAAUUUAUCAGAUUCUGGAACAUAUCAAUGUAUUGCAAAGUUAAAAAGAGGAGGACAGAAGAUAGAGAAGCAAGUUGUUCAUGUUAAAAAACUGUUAAUGCCUUCUAUUGGAAUCUUAAACGACUGGACUAUUUCACAAGACAUAGAUAGAAAUAUAAUGCUGAUGUGCAAUUCUUCAGGAAACCCACUGCCUCUAAUUGAAUGGACUCACAACAGCAAACUCCUAAAUGAGCUUCCUAUUCUUCCUUCCAUUGAUAGCUGCUAUUACUCUACUCCCGGGUUUUACAAACAUUCACAGAUAGCAAGUGCUUUAUUGUUGUGCAAAACUAACUAUGAAAAGCACCAGGGUAUUUUUCAAUGUAUUGCUUCAAACAAAGUUGGUUCAGUAAACAAAGCUAUGAGGUUGACUAUACAAGCUAAACCAUACUUUCAUGUUGAAUGGAAAUCUGAUGUAGAAAUGAUAUCUGGCACUUCCUCAGAGCUGGAUUGUUCUCCACGAGGUUAUCCACCUAGUAAUGUGACAUGGUUAAAGUUUAUUGCCACUAAUAAAACACAAAUUUUAAGCUCUAAAAUUGGCAAAAAUCAAUACAUCAUCUCUAAAGUUAGUAAUAAAGAUUCUGGCAUGUAUAAAUGUUCAGCUGUAAAUGUAAAGGGAAGAUUAGAGAAAUUUGUCACAGUUACAAUAAAAAACUCUGCUUAUAUUGGUGCUCUAAAGAAAGAAGCGCUGCUAGCUGUUGUUGUCCCUGCAGUAAUUAUCUUGAUUAUCGCUCUUAUUGCUGUUUUCUUGUAUAGAAGACACCUGAAGAAUAAAUAUGCACGUUAUCUUGCUCCUGACAAAGAAUUUGUUAUUGAUCCUGAUAGAACCAUAUUUGAACAAAGUAGCGAGUUACCUUAUGAUUUAGCAUGGGAGUUCCCUAGAGAAAAACUCACGUUUAUAAAGGCAUUAGGAUCAGGUGCAUUUGGUCAAGUAUGGCUAGCUGAAGCCGAAGGAAUUAACAGUUUUAGACCUCGUGAUCAUAGUCCAAAUGCAGUAAAACUAAGAAAACAACUGCGAAAACAAACAAAGCGUUACCAUUCAUUAUCAAUUCGGUAUCAAAAACAGCACGAAAUAUCAAAUAUAGUAUUAGAAAAAACAAUGGUUGCUGUAAAAACAUUAAAAGAUGGAGCAUCAGAAUCUGAGUACAAAGAUUUGGCUUCUGAAUUAAAGAUUCUAAUACAUUUAGGAGAGCAUAAAAAUAUUGUCAAUUUGCUUGGUGCAUGUACAACUAAAGGGGAAAAGUUGCAUGUCAUCUUGGAAUGUUGUCCUGGGGGGGAUUUGUUGAAUUUUUUAAGAUCCAAAAAAGCAAUCUUCCAACCAAUUUGGUUCAAAAAAGAAACAAGCAUGGAAAAUGAAUUUACAUAUAUUGAUUUAAUGUUGAUAGCUUAUCAGGUUGCAAGUGGAAUGGAAUUCUUGCAGUCAAAAAAGUGUGUCCAUCGUGAUUUAGCAGCUAGAAAUGUACUUAUUGGUGUUGAUUAUAUAAUGAAAAUUGCUGAUUUUGGUUUGGCACGUGAUAUUUUCAAAAAUGAUGUUUACAUGAAAGACACUCAAGGUUUAGUUCCAGUCAAAUGGAUGGCACCUGAAUCUUUGUUUGAUAAAAUUUAUACUAGCAGCAGUGAUGUAUGGUCAUAUGGAGUUCUUUUAUGGGAAAUUUUUUCACUUGGUGCUGCCCCAUAUCCUGGUUUACCUUUGGAAGAGUUGUUUUCAUUUUUAGAAGAUGGACAUAGAAUGGCAAGUCCGGAGUAUUGCCCAGAAUCUGUUUAUGAAAUUAUGCUAGAUUGCUGGCGGAAAAGCCCAUAUGAUAGGCCAUUGUUUUCACAGAUUGGAGAACGUUUGUCUAAUAUUUUAAAACAAAAUGUAUCAGGGGAUAACGACUAUAUUGAUACUAAAGAUGUACAAGACGACAGUGAUUAUUUAAUUGCUGAUGAGUUACCACACAAAGAACAAAGUUUAACUGAAAAUGAAGAAGAUGAUGCAGAUUUGGCAUUUGUUGAGACACCAUUAAUUGAUGGACCUGGCCAUCGCUAUAGUAAUCAAUUUAAUACUGUGCUCUGAGCAAUUAAGAUACAUGCACGUUGUGUUAUGAUAAAAUUGCGAGUUUUAGGAUGUGCUAGAAUGACGCUUUGUUGAAGCUUAUUCUGUUUGCAAAAAUCGGAAGAUUUUCAACUAGAAAUUUAUUUCAAUUAAACUCACCUGCGUAGACUGCUUUAUGUUUUUAUAUUGCCGUUGUUAUGUAUAUACGUUUUAGAUAAUGGUUUUAACACUUAACGGAGAUAAUGCUCCAAAAUAAACCUGGACCUAUUUAUUUUUACAAAAGAAAUAUUUAUUUCUCUAAAUGCUUAACUCGCAUUUAAAUUUAGAGUUUUGAUUUAGAAGUAAUUAAACCUGUUAUUAAUGAAUAUUAUAUAUUAAACCUCGA